AUGAGGCUCUGGCUCCGGGCCGUGCUGGGCUUGCUCGCUCUUGGAGACCUGAGUGAACAGAAAUCGUUUUUGCCGCUGCCGGGGGCAUAUCCCAGUAUUACCAACAAGACCUUCAUCAAGUGGGUAGUGGAUGCCCACAAUAAGCACCGCUCCCAAGUCAGUCCUCCGGCAUCCAACAUGCUCUACAUGACAUGGGAUGUUGCUUUAGCUAGAACAGCAAGAGCAUGGGCACACAAGUGCAUUUUUGAACAUAGUCCAUAUACCAAUAGCCAUCCUGAUCGUAAAUAUUGGCCCAUUGGAGAAAAUAUAUGGAUUGGAAAUGCUGUGAGAAGACCAUUUCAUGCUGCUGGUGCCAUCAAGGCAUGGGAUGAUGAAGUUCGGUUCUAUGAUUUUGAUACCCACAGAUGUACAAGAGUAUGUGGUCAUUAUACACAGGUGGUUUGGGAUGCAAGUUAUAAGGUUGGCUGUGCAAUUGUUUUCUGCUACACAUUUGGAAAAAGCACAAAUAUAGAAAACUUCGUGUGCAACUACGGUCCAGGUGGCAAUUACCCAAGACGGCCUUACAGAAAAGGAAAGUCAUGUAGUGAGUGCCCAAAAGGAGACACGUGUGAAAAUAAGCUCUGCAGAAAUCCUGAUCGUGACAAAAUCAUACGCUAUACACGAUGGUAUCCAUCCUUUGAAUAUCGGAUUGUAUGUGACGAAUCCUGUAUCGCUUUAGCAAUUUUAAGACCAACAAUAAUGUUUUUAGCAUUUGGAGUUGUUUACUAUUUACAACACCGUUAUCCGGGUUUAGGAUUGCAACACUAA